UUGUUAAUUAUUAGCGCAAAAUUUAGUGUUAAUAGCUAUGGAUUCCAACACACCAGGCGUAAGUCUUUUUGAGGCUGCUGAGCCGUUGAAAAUAAAUUCGACGCUUGAUCGUCAGGAGGAAGAGGAGAUGCUGCAGGAUCAGAAGAGACGCGAAGAGGAAUUGGGAAAUUUAUUGGAAAAUGCCUUUGAUGAUUUAGAUGACGAUGACAACGAUGACAAUGAGAGCACAAUUGGCUCGACAUCAAAUUUUCAUUCUGAUAUUUUGCCCCCAAAGCUUCCAGUGCCAGAGUCAGUACCGUCGCCACUGCCAUUGCCGUUACCAAUGCCAAAUCAUCAUUUGCAUCAACAACAGCCAUGGCAGGGGCAGCACCACCAACAAGAACUACAAAACGCGAACUAUGAUACCGAAAUACAUAAUCUGAAAAUGAUGCUGGAAUCCAAAACUCAUGAAGUAAACAACAUUAAUCAAAGGGCUAAAGAUAUGCACAAGAAAUGCGAUGAAUAUCAGAAGCGUUUAACCAUCACGGAAGCAGAAUUGGAGCGUGCGCUGCGCGAGAAGCAACAUACACAUGAACUGCUUGUGGAUAGCAAAGAGAAAUGUUCGAAUCUGGACAGCAUCAUUGAGAAAUUGCGUGGCGAGAAGAGGGAUCUGGAAUCGGAGAAUAAUCAACUAGCUGGUCAGUUAGAGACGGCACAGUCUCUGCUGGCGGAUGUUCAACGUAAAUAUGAUAUGGUGGAGCGUGAUUUUCACAAACGUGAUGAUCGCACUGCUGAGUUCCGCGUCAAACAGCUGGAAGAAAAGCAGCGUGCCCAAAUGGAGCUGAUGCAGCAGCAGCUUAGCCAGAUGAGCGAUCAGUUAGAUAAGAAGAAACAGGAACUGGACACAAUGCAUACGCGGUAUAAUGCUCUACAGUCCAGCCACGAGACCAUGUUGUUGGACAAGGCGGGAAAGAUCAAUGAGCUGAACAGUGCCUUAGACGUUGCGCAGCGACGUUUUAAUCAAUUGGCCGCUAAACCCAACUAUGAGACGGAAUAUUUACGGCAGCAGCAAUGCAUUGCGGAUUUGCAUGCUCAGGUGGCCAGCAUGGAACAGACGAUAGCUACGCUCAAUGAGCGUCUCAAUGGCACCACAGCCGAGCUCGAUUUGAUGGAUACGCUACUUCAGCAACAUCAAACAGACGAUACACCUGGUGGCCGCUUGAGCCAAGUGCAGCCGGGACGCCUAGUGGGCAGCACGCCACUGGAUACUGUGGAUCGCAUUGGCCACAUCAAGACGGAAUUGUAUCGGGCUCUUGGAAAUCUCAAACAGAAACGCGAGGAGGUACGGAAGCUGGAGAAGCAACUGGAGGAGCGUCAGUGCGAGGUGCGUACAUUGCGUGAACAAGAGAACAAAUCUCUGGUGUUGGUGGCCACUAUUAAGGAGGAGAAAAUGCGUUUAGAGUCGCGCAUAAAAAUGCUAGAAAGCGAGCUCGUAGGCGAGCAACACAAAUCCCUCAACGAGUCCAAGUUGAGCGCCCUACAAAAGGAACUGGAUGUGCUCCAGGCGCAGCGGGAAUCUUUGCAGCAGGAGCGGGCCCUUCAAGCACUCGAGCGUAAGGAAAUUGAAGAGCGCCUCUCGAAUGUACAGUUGGACUUGGAGCAGCAUAGACAGGAACACGAUAGCCUCAAACGUAACUAUGAGCAACUGCAGCAGGAUAAUCGCCAGCUGCGCUCGCGGGCUACUGCCGAUAGUUUACGCUUGGAGCUGGAGCGCCACAAAAUCUUGCUGAAGGAUGCCCAAAGCGAAGUGGAGCGCCUCAAAAAACUGUACGCAGACAUAGCCAACGAGAAAGAGGCCAUGUCCUAUCAGCUGCUUAAGCUUCGCGACUCCGACAGCAUAAAGGAACUGCAGGAGCAACGCGAGCAGGUGGCCAGUCUGCAGCGCACAUUGCAGCUGGCCGAGCUGAAAUCCGAAGAACUAGCCAAAAUAUUAGAGACAGAAAAAUUGUGCCACGAGCGAGAAUUGCAGGCGCUCCGACAAAAGACGGAGCAGGAGCGUCAAGCAGAGCUCAAGGCAGCCAGGGAAAAGAACGAGCAGAAUUGCAGCAAAUGCAUGGAUCAUCUGGCUGAGAUAACAAAGGCUGAAAUCCAGAUGUUAAAAAUGAACAAUGUCAAUACGAUGCAACGCAAGCAGCUUGAGGAUCUCACGCGAGAAGUGCAAGAAUCCAAGGAGUUGCAGAGACAGCUCGAGGAUAAGAUAGCCCUUGCGGAGAAACAAGAACGCUUGAUUACUGAGCUUAAGACCAAGGCCGCAGAAUUUGAAGAGUAUAUUAAAUUGCAUUGCAGUCCAGCAGAACGCGAGGGCCUCAAUAGCAUAACCUCACCAAAGCUGACUCCACAAUCAGCUGCAGAGGUUAGUUCCAGUGCUGCGCCAACACCCAACCCUACCGCAUCUCCAGGCGGCGGUGAUGCUGACUCACCAAACGCCAUGAAUCAGGCACGCAUCAAACGCAUCGAGCAGCGCGUGCGUGAUGAAAUGGCCAAACUGUUUGCCGUUGAACUCAAACGCUUUAUGGCACGCCUGCAACAGACGGAGGAGAAGAGUCUGUGCCUGCAACGCGAGUAUAAAUUGGUGACCAGCGAGCUGCAGCAGCGCCAAAACGAAGUGGAGCUGCUGAAGCAAACUAUAUUAGCAGAGCGCGAAAAAAUUGAAGAAAUCUUGGCCAAUAAGGACCAGAGCCAUCAGGCGGCUUUAGAAAAACAGAAAGUAAUGCUGCAGAUGUGUCGAAACGAUCUGCAUGCCAAGAAUCAGCGCAUUGCCGAGCUAAUAAAUGAACUGCAGGAACGCCACGAGACCAUCGAAUCAGAGCGUCAAUCCAUGAAGGCCGUGAUGACGCAAUGGGAGGAGCAUCGCAAAUCUGUAAACCAAGUGGAAAACGAAUGGCGCAACAAAUUGGAAACGCUGCGCGAAACCCACGAAGAGGCUAUGCGGGCAGCCCAGAUGCGAUAUCAGUCUGCCAAAAGAACUGCUCAAAACUAUAAAAUCUAUGCAGAGGACAAGGAGGCGCACAUGAAGCGCGAGUAUGAGCGUAUUAAGGCUGAGUAUGAGCUAUCACUGGCCAAAAUUGAAAUGACCAUGAAUCAGCGACUCGAACACAAAAGUCGGGAGCUGGCUGCCUCGAAUACUCCACAGACGACAAGCACCUUGCCGACUGGGACGGCAUCGAAGCUCUCCCACCAACAUAAACAGAAGGAUAGGCCGCAUUCGGCUCAAGUUCGCGACAAGGAAAACUUACCGAGCAAUAAGUAGAACUAAUACUAGGAUAUAUCUAAUUGUUUACAGUACAAAUUGCCAAUUGUUUUUAUAUGCACAUCAAAACUACUAAACAUAGUAUGAUUUUUAA